UUCUUUUGGAUGCGAAUUAUUCGCAAUUUUAUAAAAAUAAAAUAAAUAAACAAAAACGACAAGUACAUAGUCUUGAUGUUGAAAAUGAAUCAGUUAAAAAGCAUUCUCGUGUAGAGCAUGCUUAUGAAAUGGAAGUUACAGAAAAUAUUUGUGAAAUUGGUAUUCAAACUAAUGAGAUCGGUGUACAAGUUGAUAAGAAAACCCGUGAGAUCGCGCAAUUGAAUACAAAAAUAAAUGAGAUAGAAAACCUUCAAAAACAAUUGGAAUACGCGUAUGAUUAUGUAAUUAAGAGUGUUUAUAAUGAAAUCGAAUCAUUAAUCUUUAAUAAAAAACGAUUUUCUCUUGACAGUUUAUUAAAUUUUACUCCUGAGAAUUGGUUAGCUAACCGUAACCCCGUCAUCGUUAAUUUUAUUAAUACUCUCACUCAUAACGAUAAUAAUGACCAUACUAACUAUACAUCAAAUGAAAAAACUUUUAAAAGAAUG